AUGAAAAAUAACAAGAAAACAAAAAAAGUAAAUUAAUCUUUUAUUUUUUCUAAUAAAAAUUAAUUUAAAGAUAAUAAUAAUGAAAAUAAUAAUAUAAUCAAUUUAAAUUUAGCUUUAAAAAAUGGGGAUUAUAAUUAAGAAUACAAUUUUAUAAUUAAAAUAAAUUAAAAUGGAUAGGAGUCAGAUCUUCCUAUAAAUAUUAAUAAAACUAAAACUUUUGAAUAAUUAAAAAAGUAUCUUUGUUAGAACUAUGGUAUAUAAGAAGACUCGCUUAUUUUUAUAGAUGAAAGUGGAAACGUAUUAAUUGAUUAAAUGGAAAUACAAAAAUCUCUUUAUCCACCAAUUUUUCGAGCAAUAAAAAAUUAUACACCAGUGCUUCAUAUAAAAAUAAAUCGUGAUAUUGCUAAAAAUAAUGAAGCAUAAGAAACAGAAAUUAUAAAUGAGUAAAAUGAAUAAUAAGGAGUACAUAUUAUUAUAUAUAUAUAUAUAUAUAUAUAUAUAUUAAUAUAUAUAUAUAAAUUAUAUAUAAAUUAUAUAUAGUUACUUGAAUAAAAUAUAUUUAAUGAGGAAGAUUUAAAAUUAAAUUUAAAGGGAAAGAAAAAUAAAAAUAAAAAAAACAAUGAUUUAAACAUUGCAAAAUGUUUCGAAUAUAUAAAAUCAUUUUUUGAAAAUCUAAUUGUUUUUAUUCUAAUUGCUUUAUUUGUUGUAUAUAAAUUUGAUAACGAUGACAGAAUAGAUAAAUAUAAGUUAAAAAAUUACAAAUAUAUAUUAUUUUUUGUUUAAUUUUUUUUUAUAAAAAAGUAUAAGCAACAAUACUCUAUAAAAUGUUAAUUUAAUUUUUUAGAAUUUACCUAAUUUCCAUUUAGAUUUUAAUAAAAAAAUUAUUAAACAUCUUAAAUAUAAAUAAUUGUAAAUGCUUAUAAUGCCCCUAGUUAAAUAAUAUAUUAAAACAAAAUUAUUAUAAGAUAAAUUUAUUCGGAUUCAUUUAUGUUGACUACUGAUAUAUACACAAAUUCAAUUUCUUUAAAAUAGUAAUCAGAAAAAGAUGAUAUAUUGUCUUUAAUUAUUAAUACUAUUGCUGGUUUGUUGCUUUUUUUCGCGGCAUUUGAAUAUAUAGGAAUUUUCGGCGCGAAAACAAAAAAUGCAAGAAUUUUGCGUUUUAAAUAAAAAUAAAAAGAAAUAAAGGAUAUUAUGAAUAAAAAUGCUUAUUUUGAAUUAGAUAUUAAAAGAAGAUAUGGAGAAAACUAUAAAAACGAUCCUAAAGCAAAUAUGGAAUUAGAAUUAAAUAAAUUAACUUUGCCGUAAUUUACAGAUUCAGUUUAUUUUAUUUUUGAUUUUAGAAAAGUUAUUAUACUUAUUAAAAGGCCGACUAUUUUUGAUAUUUUAAGUAUAUUUCUUAAAUAUAUUUUUUUGUUUUAUAUUUAUUUUUUUGUUUAGAUAUUAUAUCUUUAAUACUGA